AUGGAAGCUUGGCAAAGACCUGUGUAGUUUGUUUCGGUGCUAAUGUGGGGGUAAAAAAGAGAGACUGGGUUUAUUCGGAUUUGAGCCCAGAGCAAUGAAUCAUUCAACAUGAUGAAUGCAAACGUCAGGCUAAUUGUGUCUCAUUGGAGCCGACGUGCGUCAGGCAUGAGAGGGUUUCAAAUGAGCAGAAAUUAAGCGUUACUCUGGAGUCUGUUUACCCUUAAAGCCAGUAGCCUGUUCUUUAACUAAGCUCCAGUGAAUAACAGCACCUCAGUUGUGUAAAGAAAUGGUGACACAAGAUCUCAGAGCUAAAGAGAGAGAGACCGUGAGACAAGGGAAACAGACAGGCAUAGAGACAGAAAGAGCGAGCUCCUAAUUCUCACAUUCUGUUCUUAUAUUCAUACCUGUUGCCGAGCUGACUGCGCGUACAUUAUGAGAGGGGUGGCGAACGUUUGUCCUGGAGAGCUGCAGCCCUGCAGAGAUUUGCUUCAACCCUAAUUAAACACACCUGAACAAGCUAAUCAAGGUCUGAAGGGUUACUAGGAAGCUACAAGCAGACUUCAGAUGCCAUGGGCCCCCAAAUUCAAUGAUCGCUGCAGUUUCAUAAUUUGGCUCUGUCAGAAUGGUUAAACAGACUCUCAGCUCCACCCUGGACUCAGAUCUACCAGACGUCACAUCACUGAACUUGCUGGACGAAGAAUCAGCUUCUAAGAAUAAAGCACAAACUCCAGUCACUCCUAAGGGACUUGUGAGAAAAGUAUGCAAUCAGCCCCUUAAAAAGAGGGUCACUGCAGUGCCCACAGAAAGGAACAGGAUGGAGAGAGAGGGUACGCCUCUGGGAUUUUCAGACUCCGUGUAUUUUCACGCUGCAGCUAUUUUCCAGAAAACCCAUGUGGAGAAAGUCAUCGCACACCGACUCAUUCGCUAUAGGCGCACCAGUACUAAAGGAGGUGGUGGUGGUGAUGAUGAUGAUGAUGAUUCUGGGAUAGCUGAUUUCAGUGACGCCAGCACCAAGCAGAAUGAGCACUGGGCGUAUGAGCUGGCGUUUAACACCCUGAAAUAUCAAGAUCUACUGGAGGAGAUCCUGGUUGACAGCUACUUUUACCGUUCUCAGCAAAUGCCAGAUGAUCUUAUGGCUCUUGUGGUGGUGGUACUCUAUGACCUCCUGGAUAGGAAGUUCCAGCCCAGAGAGCUAAUAAGAAGAGCAGAGGAGGCGAUAAAGGAAGUGAGGCAAGUGGAGGACAGCCUUUGUAGGUUCAAGACCAAACUGGAAGCCUCACUGGCUCAGUACAGAAUAAAACAGAAUUUACUGACAAUUGACAGUUUCCUGCCACCAGUUGUGAGGGUUAAACAACAAAGAUCACAAACAUUACCGCUCUAUGCCUGGGUCAACACCUUCAAAGACAGCAUUGAAAAUGUGUGUGAGACUCUGAGGACAUCAGGCUUUGCUGAGGUUGACUCACACACACACCUAAUGGGAAAUGUGUUUUGUAAGGACAAACACUGUUCCAAUGUACUGCUGUUUCCCAAACGACUCUCAAAACAGCUGGAGAAAACCAAACUAGUGGCAGAACACACACUCAUUAUACAGGAUAAAUCUCGCAGUCUGGCAGCAUGUGCGAUUCAACCACUGUUGGUGGAGAAUGGAGACGUUCUCAUGGUGGGGUCUUUCUCUGCUCUGACUGUGGCUCAUGUGGCUGUCCAGGCCGCUGCCUGUUCUGGCUAUGUACAUGUAUGUGGGGUCCUUAAUGUCUCCACCUUCAACAAGGAAUUACAAACCAUUCUCACCUCUGCUGCAUGCAAAAAUGUGAAACUGAUGUCUGAGUGCUUCAGUGAACUUAAUGAAUGGGAUGUGCGUAUUCAGAAGGUUCGGGUGGUUGUGUUGCUCCCAAAGUGUUCUGUGUCAGCACUUUGUAACCCUAUUGAGUUUAUCCUCAGUGAGAGUGGAGACAGAGAGCUGCUGCAUGGCCUAUCUAAAGGAAUAAUCUCUGACAGUAAACUGGAGGCGCUGGUUGCCAAGCAGACACAAAACCUCAACCAUGCACUCGCCUUUCCUAAGGUGAAAGCGGUGGUGUACUGCACAUGCUCAGUAUAUCCGGAGGAGAAUGAAAGACUUGUGAAGAGAGCACUUGAGAACGCAGACAGCAAAGCAAAAGCUGUGCCCUUCAGGCUGGUGAGUGCAGGAUGGGACGAUGAGGAACAGAAGUUUUUCAGAACUCAAGCAUCUGACGUCACAAAUGGCUGUUUCCUAUGUGUGAUGAAAAGAGAGCAAGACCCUGCGGAAGUAGAAACCGUGCAGGAUAUUUUAGCACGAGCUGCUGCUAAAGGUUUGUUGGGGGGGCUGAUGCCUCCUGACCCCCUGAGCAGAGAGAAACCAAAAAAGAGAAGAAAACAAAAAGGACCCACACCGAUUCUUCCGCCUUUCUCCCUGAUUGAGCCUCCCGCACCAGUGAUGAUCAGUCGGAGUCCUCCAGCUGACAGUGUGCUCAUCAGCCAGACAGAAGACGCUUCAAAACACACUUCUAGAAUCCUGAAUGACAGUUCCACAAUCCUAGAUCACAUUUUAAGUCAAAAAUCUACCAUCAUGGAUACCACAUCUAGCACUACAAAUCAUUCCAAUGUUCUAGACCAGUCUUUACAAAAUAAGCCUUCUGUUGUGCAAAAGAAGAGACCAAAAGGUCACAAGCCUCAAGCUAAAGUUGCUAAGCAGUCCAAGAAGAAAAAAUCAAAGUCCCGCACUCGUAAAGAACGUCAAGGCAGGUCUCGACCUCCACGCAAGAGACUCCUGCACCUUCGGCCAACUCAAAACACGACUAUUACCUCCAUUAAACCAACUCCACCUCAGAGCAAACCCGCCACCAGCAGAACCCCAGUGUCACCGAACAGAUCCAGGCAUUUGCACAGCAGAGCUGCGUCUCAACGGGAGUCCGUUAAACCAAAAAAGGGAAUGAUCAAAUUAGGAACCUUUAAGCCAGACAGGGAGGAAAUCCAGUCAAGAGAGUUCAGUCUCCCUCCUGUUUAUCCCCUCAGUCCUUCACAUCUCUCUUCAACCCCCUAUCGAUUGUACUCGUCCAUGUCUUCUAAUUUCUCCAGCAGUAUUUCCUCUUCUAGCAGCAUAGCCAAAGGCAGAGACUCCAUCGUCUUGGAUUCACAGACAUGGCACUGAGCUACAACUUGUUGUUCAUAAAUGCAUAUCCCUUGUGUUUCCAUACAAAAGGAUUUUUGUAAACAGUGUGUGCAGACAAGUAUAAUGCUAUCGAAAGCAAGGUAUUGAUCUCAUAACUAAAACAGUGUAGUUGAUUCAUGUUGAUGUAUGCUGUACUUUGGCAAUACUGUAACCUGGAAACUGUUUGUAUCAUGUAUACUGUUAAAUAAAGAUUUUAUUUGUGAUUUGUAACCUGCCUAAGGCCCUAAU